AUGGAAUCGUCCCCACAGUGUGUCCCGUGGCCGGUCGCGGAUCCUGCUUUGACACAGGAACUCUUGGACUUGUUGCAGCAAGGCAUGCAAUACAAGCAGGUCAAAAAAGGCGCAAAUGAAGUCACGAAGUCCCUGAGUCGAGGCACAUCUGAAAUAGUCGUUCUCGCCGCCGACACCGAUCCUCUCGCGAUAUUGAUGCAUGUCCCUGUGCUUUGCGAAGACAAGAACGUCCCGUACGUUUUUCUGCCUAACAAGCACGCUCUUGGUCGAGCAUGCGGCGUGACCCGGCCGAUUAUCGCGGCUACCAUCACCUCGAACGAUGCUGGUGACCUAGCUCCACAGAUCGAAUACCUUAGAGCCAAGGUGGAGCGGCUUGCAAUCUAA